CUCCCGGCGCCGCGACGUGGCCCCGCCCCGCGCUGGACCGCCGAGUCGCCCCACCGGAGAGCUCGCAGCGCUGGGGUCCCGCACCCCGCCCAGCGCCUCGCUUCCUGGAGCCGGCGGGCGCCCCCAGACCAUGGCAGCAAUGACGAUGACCGUGCCGGGGCGGAAGGCGCCUCCCAGGCCAGGCCCGGUGCCCGAGGCGGCACAGCCCUUCCUGUUCGCGCCCCAGGGCCCCGGCAGCGCAGGCGUGGCGGGCGCGUCCCCGCAGGUGGAGUGGACGGCGCGGCGCCUGGUGUGGGUGCCCUCGGAGCUGCACGGGUUCGAGGCGGCGGCGCUGCGCGACGAGGGCGAGGAGGAGGCGGAGGUGGAGCUGGCGGAGAGCGGCCGGCGGCUGCGGCUGCCCCGGGACCAGAUCCAACGCAUGAACCCGCCCAAGUUCAGCAAGGCCGAGGACAUGGCGGAGCUCACCUGCCUCAACGAGGCCUCGGUGCUGCACAACCUGCGGGAGCGCUACUACUCCGGCCUCAUCUACACCUACUCCGGCCUCUUCUGCGUGGUCAUCAACCCCUACAAGCAGCUGCCCAUCUACACCGAGGCCAUCGUGGAGAUUUACCGCGGCAAGAAGCGCCACGAGGUGCCGCCCCACGUGUAUGCGGUGACCGAGGGCGCCUACCGCAGCAUGCUGCAGGAUCGAGAGGAUCAGUCCAUUCUCUGCACUGGGGAGUCUGGGGCCGGGAAGACAGAAAACACCAAGAAGGUCAUCCAGUACCUCGCCCAUGUGGCCUCCUCACCCAAAGGCCGGAAGGAGCCGGGCGUCCCGGCCUCCGCCAGCACCUUGUCUUAUGGUGAGCUGGAGCGGCAGCUUCUUCAGGCCAACCCCAUCCUGGAGGCCUUCGGCAAUGCCAAGACCGUGAAGAACGACAACUCUUCCCGAUUCGGCAAGUUCAUCCGCAUCAACUUUGACGUGGCCGGCUACAUCGUGGGCGCCAACAUCGAGACCUACCUGCUGGAGAAGUCGCGGGCCAUCCGCCAGGCCAAGGACGAGUGCAGCUUCCACAUCUUCUACCAGCUGCUGGGGGGCGCCGGCGAGCAGCUCAAAGCCGACCUGCUUCUGGAACCCUGCUCCCAGUACCGCUUCCUCAGCAACGGGCCGUCCUCCACCCCCGGCCAGGAGCGCGAGCUCUUCCAGGAGACGCUGGAGUCCCUGAGAGUCCUGGGCUUCACCCACGAGGAAAUUACCUCCAUGCUUCGGAUUGUCUCGGCUGUUCUCCAGUUUGGCAACAUCGUGCUGAUGAGAGAACGGAACACAGACCAGGCCUCCAUGCCUGACAACACAGCUGCACAGAAGCUCUGUUGCCUCCUGGGCCUGGGGGUGACCGACUUCUCCCGGGCCCUGCUCACCCCCCGAAUCAAAGUCGGCCGAGACUACGUGCAGAAGGCGCAGACCAAGGAGCAGGCUGACUUUGCACUCGAGGCCCUGGCCAAGGCCACCUACGAGCGCCUCUUCCGCUGGCUGGUGCUUCGGCUUAACCGCGCCCUGGACCGCAGCCCCCGGCAGGGCGCCUCCUUCCUCGGCAUCCUGGACAUCGCCGGCUUCGAGAUCUUCCAGCUCAACUCCUUCGAGCAGCUGUGCAUCAACUACACGAACGAGAAGCUGCAGCAGCUCUUCAACCACACCAUGUUCGUGCUGGAGCAGGAGGAGUACCAGCGCGAGGGCAUCCCCUGGACCUUCCUGGACUUCGGCCUCGACCUGCAGCCCUGCAUCGACCUCAUCGAGCGCCCGGCCAACCCCCCGGGGCUCCUGGCCCUGCUGGACGAGGAGUGCUGGUUCCCCAAGGCCACCGACCGCUCCUUCGUGGAGAAGGUGGCCCAGGAGCAGGGCGGACACCCCAAGUUCCAGCGGCCGCGGCAGCUGCGCGACCAGGCGGACUUCAGCGUGCUGCACUACGCGGGCAAGGUGGACUACAAGGCCAGCGAGUGGCUGAUGAAGAACAUGGACCCCCUCAACGACAGCGUGGCGGCGCUGCUGCACCAGAGCACGGAGCGGCUCACCGCCGAGAUCUGGAAGGAUGACCCCAGGGGCUUCCAGCAGUCCCCUUUCCUGGGUUCCUUCUCUCCGUCGGCCCCAGGACCUGCAGGGAGGCCCUGUCCCGCAGGCUCUCCGGCCGGGGUGGAAGGCAUCGUGGGGCUGGAGCAGGUCAGCGGCCUGGGGGACGGGCCCCCCGGCGGCAGGCCGCGCCGAGGAAUGUUCCGCACGGUGGGCCAGCUCUACAAGGAGUCCCUGAGCCGCCUCAUGGCCACCCUGAGCAACACCAACCCCAGUUUCGUCCGCUGCAUCGUCCCCAACCACGAGAAGAGGGCCGGGAAGCUGGAGCCCAAGCUGGUGCUGGACCAGCUGCGUUGCAACGGGGUCCUGGAGGGCAUCCGCAUCUGCCGCCAGGGCUUCCCCAACCGCAUCCUCUUCCAGGAGUUCCGGCAGCGGUACGAGAUCCUGACACCCAACGCCAUCCCCAAGGGCUUCAUGGACGGGAAGCAGGCGUGUGAGAAGAUGAUUCAGGCCCUGGAACUGGACCCCAACCUCUACCGUGUGGGGCAGAGCAAGAUCUUCUUCCGGGCGGGAGUGCUGGCCCAGCUGGAGGAAGAACGGGACCUCAAGGUCACGGACAUCAUCGUGUCCUUCCAGGCAGCCGCCCGGGGGUACCUGGCACGCAGAGCCUUCCAGAAGCGGCAGCAGCAGCAGAGCGCCCUGAGGGUGAUGCAGCGCAACUGUGCGGCCUACCUCAAGCUGCGGCACUGGCAGUGGUGGCGGCUCUUCAUCAAGGUGAAGCCGCUGUUGCAGGUGACCCGGCAGGACGAGGUGCUGCAGGCGAGGGCGCAGGAGCUGCAGAAAGUGCAGGAGCUACAGCAGCAGAGCGCCCGGGAGGUGGGCGAGCUGCAGGGCCGAGUGGCACAGCUGGAAGAGGAGCGCGUCCGCCUGGCGGAGCAGCUGCGGGCAGAGGCAGAGCUGUGCGCGGAGGCCGAGGAGACGCGGGGGCGCCUGGCAGCCCGCAAGCAGGAGCUGGAGCUGGUGGUGGCGGAGCUGGAGGCCCGCAUGGGCGAGGAGGAGGAGUGCAGCCGGCAGCUCCAGUCGGAGAAGAAGAGGCUGCAGCAGCACAUACAGGAGCUGGAGACCCACCUGGAGGCUGAGGAGGGAGCCCGACAGAAGCUGCAGCUGGAGAAGGUGACCACAGAGGCCAGGAUGAAGAAGUUUGAGGAGGACUUGCUGCUCCUGGAGGACCAGAACGCCAAGCUGAGCAAGGAGCGGAAGCUGCUGGAGGAGCGGCUGGCCGAGUUCUCCUCCCAGGCAGCCGAGGAGGAGGAGAAGAUCAAGAGCCUCAACAAACUCAGGCUGAAACACGAGGCCACCAUUGCGGACAUGGAGGAUCGCCUCCGAAAGGAGGAGAAGGGCCGCCAGGAGCUGGAGAAGCUGAAGCGGCGGCUGGACGGGGAGAGCUCAGAGCUGCAGGAGCAGAUGGCGGAGCAGCAGCAGCGGGUGGAGGAGCUGCGCGCCCAGCUGGGCCGCAAGGAAGACGAGCUGCAGGCCGCACUGGUCAGGGCGGAGGAGGAGGGCGGCGCCCGCGCGCUGCUGCUCAAGUCCCUGCGGGAGGCGCAGGCGGGCCUGGCCGAGGCCCAGGAGGACCUGGAGGCCGAGCGCACGGCCAGGGCCAAGGCGGAGAAGCAGCGGCGGGACCUGGGCGAGGAGCUGGAGGCACUGCGGGGCGAGCUGGAGGACACGCUGGACUCCACCAACGCGCAGCAGGAGUUGCGGUCCAAGAGGGAGCAGGAGGUGACGGAGCUGAAGAAGACUCUGGAAGAGGAGGCGCGGGUCCACGAGGUGGCAGUGCAGGAGCUGAGGCAGCGCCACGGCCAGGCGCUGGGAGAGCUGACCGAGCAGCUGGAGCAGGCGCGCAGGAACAAAGGCGCCUGGGAGAAGACGCGGCUGACCCUGGAGGCCGAGGUGUCUGACCUGCGGGCCGAACUGAGCAGCCUGCAGACGGCCCGCCAGGAGGGUGAACAGCGGAGGCGGCGGCUGGAGGCCCAGCUGCAGGAGGUGCAGGGCCGGGCGGGCGACGGCGAGCGGGCCCGCUUAGAGGCCUCCGAGAAGCUGCAGCGCACCCAGGUUGAGCUGGAGAGCGUGUCAGGGGCGCUGAGCGAGGCCGAGUCCAGAGCCAUCCGGCUGAGCAAGGAGCUGAGCAGCGCAGAGGCCCAGCUCCACGACGCCCAGGAGCUGCUGCAGGAGGAGACCCGACUGAAGCUGGCCCUGGGGUCCCGGGCACGUGCCCUGGAGGCUGAGGCGGCCGGGCUGCGGGAGCAACUGGAAGAGGAGGCGGCCUCCCGGGAGCGCGUGGGCCGAGAGCUGCAGGCGGCCCAGGUCCAGCUGGCAGAGUGGCGGCGGCGCCAGGAGGAGGAGGCCGGGGCUCUGGAGGCCGGUGAGGAGGCGCGGCGCCGGGCGGCCCGGGAGGCCGAGGCCCUGAGCCAGCGGCUGGCGGAGAAGACGGAGGCGACCGAGCGGCUGGAGCGGGGCCGGCGGCGGCUGCAGCAGGAGCUGGACGACGCCACGAUGGACCUGGAGCAGCAGCGGCAGCUGGUCAGCGCGCUGGAGAAGAAGCAGCGCAAGUUCGACCAGCUCCUGGCAGAGGAGAAGGCGGCCGUGCUGCGGGCUGUGGAAGAGCGGGAGCGCGUGGAGGCGGAGGGCCGGGAGCGGGAGGCGCGGACCCUGUCGCUGAGCCGCGCCCUGGAGGAGGAGCAGGAGGCCCGGGAGGAGCUGGAGCGGCAGAACCGGGCGCUGCGGGCCGAGCUGGAGGCCGUGCUGAGCAGCAAAGACGACGUGGGCAAGAGCGUGCAUGAGCUGGAGCGAGCCCGCCGGGUGGCCGAGCAAACGGCCAGUGACCUGCGGACACAGGUGACGGAGCUGGAGGACGAGCUGACAGCCGCCGAGGAUGCCAAGCUGCGCCUGGAGGUGACGGUGCAGGCGCUGAAGGCCCAGCACGAGCGGGACCUGCAGGGCCGAGACGAGGCCGGUGAGGAGAGGCGGCGGCAGCUGGCCAAGCAGCUGAGGGACGCGGAGGUGGAGCGGGACGAGGAGCGCAAGCAGCGCGCCCUGGCGGCGGCGGCGCGCACGAAGCUGGAGGCCGAGCUGGAGGAGCUGAAGGCGCAGGCGGCGGCGGCCGGGCAGGGCAAGGAGGAGGCGGGGAAGCAGCUGCGCAAGAUGCAGGCUCAGAUGAAGGAGCUGUGGCGGGAGGUGGAGGAGACCCGCACCGCCCGGGAGGAGACCUUCCUCCAGAACAAAGAGAACGAGAAGCGCCUCAAAGGGCUGGAGGCUGAAGUGCUGCGGCUGCAGGAGGAGCUGGCCGCCUCUGACCGUGCUCGGCGCCAGGCCCUGCAGGAGCGGGAUGAGAUGGCGGACGAGGUAGCCAACGGCAGCCUCAGCAAGGCGGCCAUCCUGGAGGAGAAGCGCCAGCUGGAGGGGCGCCUGGGACAGAUGGAGGAGGAGCUGGAGGAGGAGCAGAGCAACUCGGAGCUGCUCCAGGAUCGCUACCGCAAGCUGGUCCUGCAGGUGGAGUCCCUGACCACGGAGCUGUCAGCGGAGCGCAGCUUCUCAGCCAAGGCCGAGAGCGGGCGGCAGCAGCUGGAGCGACAGAUCCAGGAGCUGCGGGGGCGGCUGGGGGAGGAGGACGCCGGGGUCCGAGCCCGCCAGAAGAUGGUCAUCGCCGCCCUGGAGUCCAGGCUGGCCCAGGCCGAGGAACAGCUGGAGCAGGAGAGCAGGGAGCGCAUUCUGUCCGGAAAGCUGGUGCGCAGGGCUGAGAAGCGGCUCAAGGAGGUGGUGCUCCAGGUGGAGGAAGAGAGGAGGGCGGCUGACCAGCUCCGUGACCAGCUGGAGAAGGGAAACCUCCGUGCUAAGCAGCUCAAGCGGCAGCUGGAGGAGGCGGAGGAGGAGGCUUCGCGGGCCCAGGCCGGGCGCCGGCGGCUGCAGCGGGAGCUGGAGGAGGUCACCGAGUCGGCCGAGUCCAUGAACCGCGAGGUGGCCACGCUGCGCAACCGACUGCGGCGCGGCCCCCUCACCUUCACCACGCGGACGGUGCGCCAGGUCUUCCGGCUGGAGGAGGGAGUGGCCUCUGACGAGGAGGCUGAGGAGACGGAGUCCGGGGCAGGACCGCAGCUCCCAGAGCCAGAGGGACCCCAGGCCGAGCAACCGCCACCGCAGUGACCCCACCCUGUCCCGGCCGCUGGGGGAACCGUCCCCCCCACCCAAUUUCUGGCUGCAACCUGCUCUUGAGAACCUGCCCUCUCUGGCUUCUUGCACUUUGGAAAGGGUGCCUCCCUCUAGCGUCACAGCACUUAACCCCCCCCAUGCUUGACCCCCGAGGCUCCCUGUGCACCCCUUAAACACAGUGGAGCAGGCUGGCAGGGAGGCGAGGACUGGGGCUCUGUAAAUGGGGAGAGGGGUCCAGUGUCCCUGAGAAGCUGUGACGCCCACCGGUUCCCAGAGGUUGGAGAUCUGGCGGUCGCACCCCUCGCCCAGGAACCAGAGCUCCCUUCCCAUCUCUCUCUCCUCAGCCACUCACCCCAAACGCCUGAGUCCUGGGCCCCUACCAGCCGUUGAUCCAUGGGGGAGGGGGCAGAAUAAAGGGGACCCUGUCUCCCCUCUCAUAUGCCUCCCGUGUUUUUUGUUUUUGUUUUUUGAUCGCUCUUGUCUGAUGGUGUGGUUGGCAUUUGCGGUGUGGGCUCCCCUGGGGGCUGGAGAAGUCCUUCUCACUCUCCCAGCAUCCAGGCUCUAGCAGAAAUAAAUUCCAGCCCCACUGUC